AUGAAGACCAUCGCCGCUGUUGUGUUACUCGUGGCGUUUGCUUCUGCAGAACCUCCACCAUCUAACAGCUACCUACCACCUCCAUCAUCAUCCCGUGGUGCUGGCUACCCUCAAGGACCUGCUACCCAGAACUUGGGCUCUCAGAUAGUGGCAGCCAGGACUCUGGAUCCUCAGGGACGUGCUGGACAGGGACAUGGAGCUCAUGGCGGACAUGGGGCUCAUGGAGCUCAGGUUAAUGGUUUUGGAAGAUCCGGUCCCCAAGACCACGGCUCCGCUCACGCGAGGCUGGGUGGUGAUGCUGCCGCUGGCUACGACCACAACGCUGCCGCCUUCGCCAGGAAUGCUCUUGAAGAGAUUAAUGCUGAACCAGCGAACUACAACUUCGGUUACAUGGUGAAUGAUUACCAGGAGGGAACAGACUUCGGUCACCACGAGGAGCGGCAGGAGGAGCGCGCUCAGGGAGAGUACCAUGUCGUGUUGCCUGAUGGCAGGAAACAGACUGUAAGCUACGAAGCCGACGAACGCGGUUUCAAGCCUCAAAUCUCCUACGAAGAUUCUGAAGGUUACGAUAGCAACGCCAACAAUGCUCGCAGCAACCAGGUGAAUGGUUACGCCAACCACGGUACCAAUGGUAACCACGAAGAUGGCUACCAUGGUAACCAUGGCAACGGAAAUGCGCGGUCUAAUGGCUACUGACUCCAAGAUGGCCGAUUUUUAGAUCUGAUAUUAUAGUU